AUGUCCUUCGCCGCGCUGCUGGCCCGCCUGGGCGGGAUGGGUCGCUUCCAGGUGAGCUACGUGGCGGCGUUGGCCGUGCCGCUGCUCCUCUUGGCCAGCCACAACCUGCUGCAGAACUUCACCGCCGGCGUCCCCGACCACCACUGCAGCACCGGGGGCCUCCCCGUCCUCGUCUCCAUCCCCACCGACGGCCACCGGCAGCCCCAGCGCUGCCGCCGCUACGUGGAGCCCCAAUGGCACCUCCUGGAGGCCAACGGCACGGCCAACGGCAGCGCGGCGCCCACCGAGCCCUGUCGCGACGGUUGGACCUAUCGCGACGGGGCCUUCGCUCACACCAUCGUGACUGAGGUGACUGGGGACCUGGUGUGUGAGUCCAAGACCUUGAAGCAAGUGGCUCAAUCCAUUUACAUGGCCGGGAUCCUCUUGGGCUCCUGCCUCUUUGGGAUCCUCUCUGAUAAGUUCGGGCGCCGGGCGGUGCUGACCUGGUGCUACCUGCAGCUGGGGGUGACGGGUGCCGGCACCGCGGCUGCCCCGACGCUGCUCCUCUACUGCCUGGGCCGGUUCCUGACGGGCCUGGCCAUGGCCGGGGUGUCCCUCAACUCCUCCUCGCUCUGCAUGGAGUGGAUCCCGACGGAGGCGCGGGCCGUGGUGGGCACCAUCAAUGGUUACUGCUACACCUUGGGGCAGUUCCUGCUGGCGGCCGUGGCCUUCGCACUCCCACACUGGCGCUGGCUGCAGCUCGCUGUGUCCCUGCCCUUCGGCCUCUUCUUCCUCUACUCCUGGCUGCUGCCGGAGUCCGCUCGCUGGCAGCUCAGCGUGGGGCGGCCCCACCAGGCCCUGGCCGGGCUGCGCCGCGUCGCCCGCCUCAACGGCCGCAGGCAGGAGGGGGAGCGCCUGGAGCCGGAGGCACUGCAGGCUCUGGGGCUCCAGGAGCCGCCGGUGCCAGGGGGAGCCGUGGCCGCGCUGUUCCGGACGCCGGGAAUGAGGACGGUGUCGUGCGGAGUCUCCUUUGUCUGGUUCUCCACCAGCUUUGCCUAUUAUGGGCUGGCCAUGGACCUGCAGGGCUUCGGGGUGGAUGUGUACCUGAGCCAGCUGCUCUUCGGUGCCGUGGACAUCCCGGCCAAGCUGGUGUCGGCCUUGGUCAUCGGCGGCCUCGGGCGAAGGGUGGCCCAAGGAGGCUCCUUGGCGUUGGCUGGGGUCUGCAUCCUGGCCAACAGCGCCGUGCCUGGCGAGCUGCGGGUGCUGAGAAUGGCCUUGGCUGUGCUGGGGAAGGGCUCCUUGGCCGUCUUCAACUGCGCCUACAUCUACACCGGAGAGCUCUUCCCCACCGUCAUCAGGCAGACUGGGCUGGGCCUGGGGGGCACCAUGGCUCGUGUCGGGGGCAUGGUGGCCCCUCUCGUGCGCAUGGCGGCUGACGUGAGCCCGCUCCUGCCCCUGCUCAUCUAUGGGGCUGCCCCCAUUGUGUCGGCCGUGGCCACUCACUUCCUACCCGAGACCCGGAGCCUGCCCCUACCAGAGACCGUGGCGGAUGUGGAGAUGCGAGCCGGACACCUCAAGGACAAGGAGGUCACCAUCCCCCUGAGCAGCCCCAGCACCAAGGACAGCGCCUGAAGGGGACCAGGAUGGGCCCUGGCACCGGACCCCGGGUGCAUCAUCCCGCACCCGACGCUAUUUAUUCAUCCCAACGCUGGGGUUUGACACCAAAUGAGG